AUGCCAGUCAAGCGCAGGAACCACGGGCGGAACAAGAAGAACCGGGGCCACGUCAAGCCGAUCGUGUGCUCCAACUGCGGGCGGCUGUGCCCCAAGGACAAGGCCGUCAAGCGGUUCAUGAUCAAGGACAUUGUUGAUGCCUCCUUCAAGCGGGACCUCGAGGCUGCCUCCGCCUACUCCAACUACACCAUCCCCAAGCUGUGCCUCAAGAACCAGUACUGCAUCAGCUGCGCCAUCCACGCCCGUAUCGUCCGGGUGCGCUCCCGCGAGGACCGCAGGAUCAGGGAGCCCCCCGUCAGGCAGCGGCCUGAACAGAAGAAGAAGGAAUGA